UUAUAUCCAACCGUUCGAUUCUCCAAUUUACAGUUCUUUACGGCUAUCCGUGGGAUAAAGAACCUUUCACUUUUUCGUGCGGGUAAUAUUUUUUCUUUCGAAAUGGUUUUGAAUUUUCUGAUAGCUGAUGCAGUGCAGAACCAUAUGCUGGCAGAACUGAUUGGGGAUAUGAAGAAAUUCUUGUCCGAAUACGAUACGAUAGUGUUUCACAAAGAACUCUACAGAAGUUUCUUUCUCUAUACGCUUAGUAUUCUUCGGGGUAAGUUGGCUAACUUGUUGCGGAGAUUUAGUACUCUGCCACAGGAGGAUUUUGAGGAUAAAGUGAUAGAGUGUUGUGGGGUGUGGUUUAACAAGAGUUCACAUUUUCAACACCACUACAGUCUAGUACACAACAAAAGACCACAACAGGCAAUAUCGUUAUGCGAGCUGAAAAUGGCUGUUACAAAAAUCGCGUUGCUUGAACGGAGAGUGUGCGACUAUUUAGUGGCUGGUGAAAUAGCAAAUUGUGAGAUGAUUUUAUACCUGAGACAAAUUCUGAAAAAAAUCGACACAACAUUAGAAUUUUCCGAGCAAUUUUGAAUUUGUUACGGUUAGAACUAUAAUUUCAUAAUGAAUUAAAAAAAGUAUUGUUUAAA